UCACUUCGUGGGUGUGUUUUUUUUCCUGUCCACUCCCACGGUGACGUCAUGAUAGAAGUGAUUCCCGUGAAGCGAGCAGCAGCGACUCAGAAGAGCCGUGGAGCUGAAGAUCAUCAGACAUUUUCUUAUUCAUCUCAUUGGUUUGUGAGGCAGUUUGAAGAUGAACGGGACCAGCAGGAGUCUGUGCACCAUGGAGGACAUCAAAGACCAACAUGCUUCAGAGGGCUGCAGGCGACUCCGGCUCACGCUGCUGGACCAGAGAGAGGCAGCUCGAGGCUCAGAGGGCUACAGAGACAAGCCGGUGGGACGAGCGUACGCCCUGGUGCAGCCCGCCGCCGACAGGUCGGCUCCCAGCACCGAGCCGGUGAAGUCCACAGAAGAGCAGGUGGAGAUCAUAAAGGUGUAUCUAGAGGCCCGCAGACAGGAGCAGCAGAACCAUCAGCAGAACCUGAAGAUGUUGUCAGAUGAAGUGUCACAGAUACAGGAGGUGCGGUAUUCCCUGAAGUCUCUGAGGGAGCAGAUGGCCGCCAAGAGCAAGAGCACAAACGGCUGGAAGGUCGGUAUUCCCUUCAGGAAGAAUGUGUCCUGUGCUCCCAAAGGAGGAUCCACAGCUGACCUGCAGGACGCUGACGACGAGGCGGAGCGAGACAAGCUGAGAGAAGUCAGUAAGCGCUUGUACGCUCAGCUGCAGGAGGCCGAGAAGAAGCACCAGGAGGAACGAGAGAGGCUGCAGGCUGAAGGCAGCAGCCUCAGGGAGCGUCUGAGCGACAGGGAGGAGAAGCUGAGGAUCACAGAGGAGGCCAGCGAGCAGAAAGACGUGCGCAUGGAGGAGCUGCAGAGGCUGCUGGCAGGGAUGGAGCAGGAGAGCGCCACCCUGAGGACAACCAUUCAGAGCCGUGAGGACGAGCUGCGAGAGCUGCGCAGGUUCAGAGAGGAGGGUCAGAGCGGCCAGCAGAGAGCUGAACAGCUGGAGAAGGAAGUGGCCAUCCUCAAAGAGAAGAUCCACCACCUGGACGACAUGCUGAAGAGCCAGCAGAGGAAAGUCCGACACAUGAUCGAGCAGCUGCAGAACUCCCGCAUGGUGAUCCAGGAGCGGGACCGCCUCAUCAAAGAGCUGCAGGAGAAGGUGGCGUUUCUGGAGGCCGAGAACAGAGAGAUGAGGGACCAGAUGGACUACUACCUGGGUGGGCAGAGGUCAAACUCCUACCUGUCAUCUGAGCGCAACCCCCAGGUUGUUUACAGUAAACCACUGAAGCCUUCCAGCUCCUCCACCAAGCCGCUCCCUUACAUCAAAGUCAUCGAGAUCAAGUCGUGAAAGGAGCAAAGAAAGAAAAGAGAAGCUCCUCAGUGAGGACUGAAGUCAGACAGCAGCUGUCCUGCAGAGCAGAGCUGAGCCUCCACACCUGAACCGUUUGAAGCUAACGCUCUGAAGGGAACCAGCCAGCUUUAACACGUUAGACUAACUGCAGAGUGUUUUUACUCUGAAACCUUUCUGCUCUGAGUUUCUGCACAAAGUUCAUUAUGUUCUUAUGAACUUCUUUCAAACGACAGUCUGCUGAUGCUAACUGAGCUGCUCAGACCUGUUAGGACUGGAUUAGCUAAGUGGCUCCCUGUUGAGUCUGUUCACUUGACUUGUGACAGUGGUGGGCACAGUUCUGCUAAUCUGCUAAUCUGAUAAUCCAUCAGUAGCCCAACAAGCUUCUCUUUUAGUGAAUGAGCUUUUUUUCUAACUUUCAAUGCUGUUAGCGGAUCGAUUAGCUUCUGCUAAAUGAGUUUCCGCUAAUUUUAAGUCCCCAAAAAAUAUUCACAAAAGUUAAACUUACAUUUUUCUGCCAUUUAUCCCAAAUUCAAUCCAAACUCUUGUAGUCAGUGCUGGACGUGUCACACAGCGUGUAGCAUGUAGCAUCUUUAGCUUCCACUCAGUUUUCAUUAGUUUAGAGUAAGUGGGGCUGUGCCCACCACUGCUGAAAGGUCAUUUUUAUUUUUUUACUUUAUUCGUUUCUUUCAAAAUAACAAAAUAAAU